AUGAUUGCAAAUAUAUGUAAAUUAUUUGCUAUCUUUGUAAUUGCUGUAUAUGCAGAUGGCCCAUACAGUUCACCACGACAAGCUAGAUUAGAAGCCAUGAGUAUAGGAGGAUCGAGAUCUCCUGAACCAAAUGUAUCUGGUGUGUUUCCUACUCCAAAUAUUCGUCCUUCUGAAGCUAGCUCAUUUUUCAGUGACGUCUUGAAUAAGAGUCGUCAAAUACCCUUUACUGAAUCUUCAGGUGGUCCUCCUCUAAUUAUGGAGUCAAGUUUGGGAGGCUCUAUAUCUAUAUUUAGCAAAAGUACUCCAGGUCUUCCGAGUGAUGCCUUAUUUUAUUAUCCUUUGAUAUCUUCUACAAAGUCUGGUAUGGAGUCAUUUUGUCAAGAAGAGAAAGUCCUUAUUUACAAUAUAGAGCAAACACUAAAUAAUACUGUAUAUAAUUUGGUCUCGAGACUUCCUGAAGGGAAUUCAAAGGAAGUUUAUAAACAAGUUCUCGAAGAUAUGAUAAAGUUAUGUAGUACUCAAAGAGAGAAAGUUGAUGCUGUCUAUAGAAAUAUAUCAAGUGUUGAGGAUGAUAAACAGGUAGCUGCAAGUGAUUUCUCAUCUGCAUUUGUUAUUGCUAAAGAGGAUGAUACUCUUACAUAUGCCACUAUGAUGUUUGUAGGACAUGUUACCCCACCUCCAUCCCCUGUUGCAGCAAAUUAUGUACCUAACAAUCUCUUUGAUAUGAAGAAAUUCUUGGAUAAGCAAUUACAAGAUAUAUCAGCAUAUUGUGACAAUCUAUAUAAUGUAGAGAGUAGAAUUGAGGGUAUCUCAGCAAUAUUCCAGAGACAAAAAAUGAGAAGGAUUCACAAACAAUUGAAGGAUAAUUGUGGCAGUGAGAGAUAUCUAGUUACCCAGAUGACUGAUGACCUGAAGAAUAAGGGUGAAUUAGAUGCCGAGUUUAUCAAUCUAGCACGCGAACAAUCUAAUAGUGUAUCUUCUUUAGGUACUGAUGUUGAGAUGUUUUUAUUCCAGUUGAAUAAGUAUUCUCCAGGUAUACCCUUAUGGAGUCGUGAUGCAGGGAGGUCCCCCGAAAUUAUUAAGACUGAUAAAGGCUAUGGAAUUGCUAUGCGUAAUCCUUCUGUAAAAUAUGAGGAGUUCCUUACUAAUCUAAUUGAGCUAUCUGAAAAUGGUGACUUAGAUGCCGAGAAUGCUCUACUAGUUCAACAAGCUUCAAUACAAGCUACUGAUAUGCGUAAUCGUGCAGUUUUAUUCUCAGCUACUCAAUUCUUUAAUAUUAUGGAGGAACGUGCUAAUAGAAAUUUGAGAUCUGGUGAGAUUCAUGACCAUUCUCAAGUAUAUGAUGAUUCUGACUCUGAUUCUGACUCUGAUUCUGACUCUGAUUCUGACUCUGAAUUAGAAGCUACUGAGGUGACACCCGAGGUACUGGACUCUAGAGCAGAUGGGGUAUCAGAUAAAGUGGGGGAAGUGAGAGAAGUAGAAGAAACAGAGGAAACAGGGGGUAUAGAAGACUCAGAGGGUAUAGAAGACUCAGAGGGUAUAGAAGACUCAGAGGGUAUAGAAGACUCAGAGGGUAUAGAAGAAGCAGAAGAUGUAGAAGAAGCAGAAGAUGUAGAAGAAGCAGAAGAUGAGGAAGUUAUGGGGCAAGAUGAAGAUGAUAUGUCAUCAAGGAAAUUGGCAGAGGAUAUUUCUAUGGAGGGUGAUGAUGAUGAUGUAGUUUCUGAAGAUUCACUAGAUGAAGAAGAAGAAGAGGUUGUGGCACUUUCAGAUACUCCAGAAAGAAUCUUGGAAGUUACAUCAAGUGCUAGACCAUAUAAACCAGCUCGAUAUUCUGCUUUGACAUGUACUAGACAACCAUCUAAGACUUGCCGCCGUGUCGAUGGAUCUCCUAUUAAGUGCCUAAAAGCAACUUGUGUUACAAAGGAAUGUAAGCAUUCUGCAGUUCAUACUUUAAACUGCAAAGAUGUAGCUUAUGUUGGAAGUCAAUGUAAAGUGGAAGGUAGUGUAGGUGAUAAAAGUCGACGUGGUCGUUGUAUGGGUGGAGCUUCACAUGGUGGUAAGUGCACUUCUAGGAAAUGGGUAGGUUGUACUACUGACCUUCCAGCUCUUGAAGGUCCUGGUGUAAAGCCAGCUCAUUCUGUUGGGUCAAAAUAUAAUUCUUCACAUAUUACUGGUGUCACUUGUCAACGUAAGAAGAUCUUCCCAAAUACCCAUUGUAAAACCGGAGAAUCUAAAAAAGGUCAUAGUGUAGGUGGUCAAUGUAAAUCUCCAGAAUCAAGGAAAGGUACAUGUAAAGUAGGUACUUUCAAGGGUGGUGAAUCUGCUCUCCCUCAUUGUCAAAAAGGCCAUUCUACUGUUGGUAAUUAUAGACCUGGUGAGUCCUAUAUGGGUCAGUCAAGAGUUAGAUCUGUCAAACAUCAAUGCCAAGGUGGAUAUUCUAUUCUUCCUAGGAUACGGGAUGGAACAUAUAUUGGUGCUCAAUGCAAAGCUGGAAAAUCUACACCUGCUAAGUCUGUUCCACACUCAACAGGAUUUAGAUCCGUACCUCCUAAAUCUGUUGGGGCCCAGAGCAAACCUGCGAAACUUGUAGGUGGAAAAUCUGUGCCACCCAGAUUAGAAAAUUGCCAAGUUAAACCAUUUAGAUUGGUUGGUGGGAAGUCCGUCCCACCCAAAGUAACUGGAAUGAAAUGUACUCCCUCUCACAGUGUUGGUCCUAAUAGAGAAUCUAGUGCACCUAAGACACCAGUAUCUAAAAGAACCCAAUCAAAUAAACCAAAGAUCUCAGUUCCAGACGCUGAAUUAUCUGAAUCUCGCCCGGGAAGUAGAGUGGGGAGCUCUACUAGGAGGAAACCUCACUCACAACAUUCAAAUCAUAGAGAUAUUCAGUCAACUCCUAAGUCAAAUCGAGAUUCAGCCCAACAUUCACAUUCAAAUAAGUUACAUAGAACUCCAAAUACAUCCAAUUUAUCUGCUAAAAACUCAACUACAGAUGGAAAACCUUCUACAAAGGGAACCCAUUCUAGGGAUAGAAGUUUCCUUAAUAGUUCAAAUGGAGGUAUUCAUGAGAAAGAUAUUUAUGGAAUAAGUGAUCCUAUACAAGCUGCAGCUCUAGCUGAGGAGUCAUUUGAUUAG